CUUGCUCCGUAGGAUGAAAAAAUGUCAUUUUCGUUUCACGCGUUUUAAAAUUCUCGCAGUAAACAAAGCACGCGACCCGCGCACGUAGUUUUUAUUCGGUUAAAUUUCCGCAUUUGAAUUGUGAUUUUUAAAAGGAUUUACCACAAUUUGAGAUCUAAGUGCUUGCGAAGUAAACUUGAAGGCUCGUUGUAAGCGGUUGUUCCAUCCGACAGGACUCAAUAUGGCCGAUGUAGAUGAUCUGUUUAACCUGUUCGAAGCCGCCGAUCAAAACGAGGAUGGCGAUGGAAAUGUUCCGAUCGUCGUGGAGGAUGGAAAAUCCGGCGAUGGAGGUUCUGGAGAAGUGCCUUCCAAGACGGAUUCCUCAGAAACGAUUAAGGAUGACCAGGGCGGAACCAAGCGAGAGUAUGACGAAGAUGAUGAUCCCGAUGUAGAAGAAGUGGAACCAACUAAACGAGCCAAGAUCGAGUCGUUAUUGGAUGAUAUUAACUUGGAUAACAUCGAGUCUCGCAUCAAGGUACACACGAUCCAAUCCCCGGAGGCAUGUACCCAUGAGGUAGCAGUUUACCCGGACCAGAAGUACAUGCCUCUGGUAGCUUCAACUGGCAAACCGGCCAAAGAGUACCCUUUCGUGCUGGAUCCUUUCCAGAAGGAAGCCAUUAUGUGCAUUGAGAAUCAGCAAUCGGUUCUGGUUUCGGCCCAUACGUCGGCUGGUAAAACGGUCGUUGCCGAAUAUGCUAUCGCCAAAUCGUUGGCAGAAAAACAGCGGGUUAUAUAUACUACUCCAAUCAAAGCUCUGUCAAAUCAGAAAUAUCGGGAGUUCCACGAGGAGUUCAAGGACGUCGGAUUGGUUACUGGAGAUGUUACCAUUAAUCCGUCAGCUUCCUGUCUUAUUAUGACAACGGAAAUCUUGCGUAACAUGCUUUAUCGUGGGUCGGAAAUCAUGAGGGAAGUAGGUUGGGUUAUAUUCGACGAAAUUCACUAUAUGCGAGACAAGGAACGUGGAGUUGUUUGGGAGGAAACUUUAAUCCUGCUUCCGGAUAACGUUCACUAUGUUUUCCUAUCGGCUACGAUUCCGAACGCGCGUCAGUUUGCCGAAUGGGUCUGUCACAUUCACAAGCAACCGUGUCACGUGGUUUAUACAGACUAUCGACCUACUCCACUGCAGCAUUAUCUGUUUCCGGCCGGUGGUGACGGAAUCCAUCUAGUGGUGGACGAAAAGGGUGUUUUUAAGGAAGACAACUUCAACACAGCCAUGGCAGUAUUGCAGGGUGCUGGAGAAGCUGCCAAGGGCGAUCAGAAAGGCAAGAAGGGAGGUCUUAAAGCAUCAAAUUCGGGAGAAACGAACAUCUUCAAGAUUGUUAAGAUGAUAAUGGAGCGAAACUUUGCUCCGGUUAUCAUUUUCUCGUUCAGUAAGAAAGAUUGUGAGAUCUAUGCAAUGCAGAUGGCCAAGUUGGAUUUCAACUCGACGACGGAGAAGAAGCUGGUCGACGAGGUCUUCAACAACGCUAUGGACGUGUUGAGUGAAGAAGAUCGACAGCUGCCGCAGGUUGAAAACGUGUUGCCGUUGCUGAGACGCGGUAUCGGAAUCCAUCACGGAGGGUUGCUGCCAAUCCUGAAGGAAACGAUUGAAAUUUUAUUCGGCGAAGGUCUCAUCAAGGCACUGUUUGCUACCGAAACGUUUGCCAUGGGCUUGAACAUGCCGGCCCGCACCGUCCUUUUCACCAGUCCCCGUAAGUUCGACGGCAAGAACUUCCGCUGGGUAACUUCCGGUGAGUACAUUCAGAUGUCCGGACGUGCCGGUCGACGUGGCUUGGAUGACAAGGGUAUUGUUAUCUUGAUGGUAGAUGAACUGGUAUCGCCCGUGGCCGGGAAAGAAAUCGUCCAGGGCAAACCGGAUCCGAUCAAUUCGGCUUUCCAUUUGACUUACAAUAUGGUGUUGAACUUGCUUCGAGUUGAAGAGAUCAACCCGGAAUACAUGCUGGAGCGCUCGUUUUUCCAGUUUCAAAAUCAGUCAUCGAUUCCAGAGAUUUAUAAGAAAGUGCAAGAUAAACAGAAGGAACUACAAGGGGUUUACAUCAAAGAUGAACAGUCUAUCGUUUCAUAUCACCAUGUUCGGGAUCAGUUAGACAGCUUGGGGAAACAGUUUAGAGAAUAUAUUACGAGACCAACAUAUUUAAUACCGUUUUUGCAACCUGGAAGAAUGAUCAAAAUUCAAUCUGACAAUGGCGAGUUCGAGUGGGGAAUUGUAGUAAAUUUCAAAAAGGAAACCGCAGAUGCUAAAACGAAUCCUUUAAAAGCGGAAACAAAAGUCGUUAUUGACGUCCUUCUACACGUUGAUGAUGGUUUUGAAAAGGAGGGCAUUCCCAAACCUUGUCCAGCGAACAAACGUGGUUCGGUAGAAGUGGUUCCAGUUCUUCACACUUUAGUUCACAGAAUAAGUUCGCUUAGAGUAUAUUAUCCCAACGACCUCCGACCAGCCGACAACCGACGAUCGGUUUUGAAAACAAUCAAUGAAGUUAAAAAACGUUUUCCCCAAGGUCCACCGUUGCUGAAUCCCAUCAACGAUAUGCACAUAAAAGAGAAAGACUUCCAAACCAUAGUAGAUAUGAUUGAUAAAUUCGAGAAGCGACUGUUCUCCCACCCGCUCCAUGAAAAUCCGGAACUGGACAAAUUUUACACCAAGUACAUGGAAAAGCUUGAGAUCGAGAAACAAUUGAAAGAACAGAAAACGGCGCUUCGCGAAGCUCGAAGUUUACUGCACAUGGACGAACUGAAACACCGAAAGCGUGUACUCCGCCGUCUUGGUUACUGCACGGCAGCCGAUGUGAUUGAAUUUAAAGGAAGAGUUGCGUGCGAACUCAGCUGUGCCGACGAAUUGCUUUUAACUGAAAUGAUUUUCAAUGGAACCUUUACCAAUCUCACCACAGCUCAGUCUUGCGCGUUACUGUCCUGCUUCGUGUGUGAUGAGAAGAGCUCCGAGGUACCGGCAGCAACCGAGGAACUGUCCGGACCCCUUCGUCAAAUGCAGGACCUGGCUCGCCGGAUAGCCAAAGUUUCCAACGAGUGCAAGGUCGAGUUGGACGAGGAACGUUACGUCGAAUCGUUCAAACCGUUCCUGAUGGAUGUGGUGCUGGCCUGGUGCAAAGGGUCUUCCUUCCUGGAGCUUUGUAAGAUGACCGAAAUAUUCGAGGGUUCCAUCAUUCGAUGCAUGCGCCGGCUGGAGGAAUUGCUUCGGCAAAUGGUUCAGGCUUCGAAAACAAUCGGUAACACCGAUCUAGAGAAUAAAUUUUCCGAAGCCAUACGAUUGUUGAAAAGGGACAUCGUAUUUGCUGCUUCGCUUUAUCUGUAGGACGAUGGAAAAAUUGGACAAUAUUGUCUAUAUUUUCUGUUAAGCUUUUAUAAUAAUUGAAAAUUAUAAAAUAAAUCAUGAUGAUGCGUAAUUGAAA